AGAGUUGGCUCUUUUUACUUAUCAGGAUUACCUUGCCUUCUUCCUCUACCGGUUUGUGUGAAGUCUUAGAAGAGUACUUUCUGUAGUGAAAAAUGAGUAGAGCAAGAAGUGGAUAUCCAUUUACAGCAACUCAGUGGCAAGAACUUGAGCAUCAAGCUCUUAUUUACAAGUACAUGGCCUCUGGAAUGCCUGUCCCUCCUGAUCUUCUCUACACCAUCCGAAGGAGCUUAGACUCUUCAAACCACCAACCCCAACACAUUGGAUGGAACUGUUUUCAGUUGGGAUUUGGGAAGAAAAUAGAUCCAGAGCCAGGGAGGUGUAGAAGAACAGAUGGGAAGAAAUGGAGGUGUUCAAAAGAAGCCUAUGCAGAUUCCAAGUACUGUGAGAGACACAUGCACAGAGGCAGAAACCGUUCAAGAAAGCCUGUGGAAGUUAUGACAACAAGAACUACUAAUACUAAUACUACACCCCCAACAGCAAUUACCAUUUCAUCAAUCAAGAAGAACUCAAACAACUAUUCUCCAUCUACCCCCGCUUCUUUCUCUUAUUCAUCUGAACCCCAACAUUCUUUUCUCUAUCCACAUUCUUCUUCCUCUAGACCCCCUGGCAAUAUUGGUUUGUCAUCUCAAGACCAGACCAAGUUCCUCUUUGAUUCUGGUGCUUAUUCCAGAAGUGCAUCUGGUUCUACUUCAAUAGAUGAUAAUAGUUGGGAACUGGCACCAUUGACAAUGGGUUCACCACUUGGCCAUUCGAAACAGAGGACUUAUUCAGUUUCACAAACUGGUGAGUCUUACUUACAACUGCAAAGCUUCAACGAAUCCUCAAGACAACAACAACAAAGACAAGAUCAGUACAACUAUUAUGCACUGGGAAAUGAUGUCAAGGCUGAUCUGCAUAUGAAAAUAGACACAGAAGAUCAUCAGCAACCCAAGAAAGUAAUGCACCACUUCUUUGAUGAACUGCCACCUGAUCAACACAACAAAGACUCGUGGCUUGAUUCCAAAACCCACCUCUCAAUUUCAGUACCAGAUUCUUCACGUGACUUCUUCAUCACCCAUAAUGGGAAAUAAAUUUUGUGGAGCAUAGGCCAAAGUAGUACUUGAAUGCUGGUGGGGCGGUGCUUUCCAUCUAAGCAUUCUGUAUGCGUGUGUACUGUGUUCUUAAACUGUUUUUCUUUUUCCUUCUUUUUUGUCCCUGGGACAAGAGCUAUGAUAUGUGAUAUUGUGAUUUCAAAUUCUGUGGCGAACAAUAUUUGGAGUAGAAAAACAGUAAAAAAAAAAAAAAAUUUUACUAUCCACUAAUUUUCAAGUCGUGCACCAAUUGGCCCUUGAUAAUUUCUUGUUUUUAUUUUUUAUUUUUCUUGUUUAUGUAAGAGUGUGGGGCUUGUAGUCAGCAUUAGAAGUACGUAGUGUUCUGGCUAACUGAGCAAUCACAUGUAUUUGGCUGUCUGCAUUGUAUUCUUACACUGUUAGCACUAUUUCGUUUUAUUGUUUGAAUGGCUGAGCCAGGUAUCUGGAGUUUUGCCACAUGUUGGUACGUUCUAUUCAUUAGGAUGACAUAUUGAAUAUUGGCUUUUUUUGGUAGUUGCUUUCAGUGACUACUUUAAGUUAUUGCUUACUAUUGAAUUAAUGGACCCAGUUGAUAUUUUGGA